AUGACUGAAUAUGAUAAUGAAAGAUGCAAAGAGUUAGUCGAUAAGUUACGAUUAGGCAAUUUUAUUGAGAACACGAUAAGCCAGCCAACUAUGGAUAACAAAACAAAAUCGGAAAUUGUACCAAAAUUUGUAGAUGAAACUUCUACAGAUAUUUUUGAAUUAAAAGUUCAAGAGUAUAGUAAGUUUAAUACAAUGUAUUAG